UUUGCAACGAUGUCCAAUCAAUGUUAAAUUAUAAUAACUUAAUUAAUUAGUUAAUUACUUAAGGUCCGAGGUCCUAUAGUUUGACUCUAAUUAAUAAAAUUUGCGUUUUUGUUUGCGGUACACGAGUGGUGCUCACGUGGACACAAGCGGACCAAGUCACGCUCUCCCUUUUUUUUUAUAUCUCGUAUAAGAUACGAGUAGUGCCCACAAAGCGGACCAAAUCACGUCCUGCGUUUCUACCGACGGUCGACAAUGUCUUUCGCUCUUGCAAUCUUUGCCACUCUUGCUCUACUGCACACGACUAGUGCAGCCGGUUGUUGUCCUAUGAAGAGCUACAUGAUGACAGGAUCGGGAUUGCAGGCAGAGAUCGCUCAACUGUUGCCCAACCUAGCGCUCGUGCCAAGCUUCACUGUAGCCGUCGACAUCAAGACCAACAUGGUCUUUCUCAACGCGACCACGAUGGGUAUAAACGGCAAGUCAGGUGUAAUGACUGUUUACAUCGAUGGUGUGAAGAAAAUGCAACACACCGUCAUCAACAGUGUCUGCUAUCCGUCGCCCCUAACCGGACCAGCUUUUGCAGCCUGUUUGCCAGCUGAUGCAGUUAAUACUGCCAAUAUUACGCUUCCCGACAAAAGGACACUGGAAGCUUUCACGUUGAAGAGCUCGAGCGGCGAAGGUUCUAUCAACUCUACUGGCCUCGACGCCUUUAUUGUGAACGAAUGUAUCUCGGUUGCGGCCGCCGUUCUGCUCUUAGCCGAGGAUACGAAAAUUGGUGUGGAGUCCGAGGUUGCGCUCGCUCAACUCCUGUUGUUCACUGCGCCUCAGCCGCUCACCAGCACCAGCAUUUUUAAACUCCCCAGCAGCUGUGCUCAUGCAGAAAUUGUCGACUCGUUGGAAAGUGCUCCGAGUGAGCUUGUGAAUUCGCGUCUGGUGGAGAAAGACCAUUCAUUCAAUCUGUUCAAGACUCUCGAACGUCUCGUCUUCAACAAGUAGAUGACCGAUGAUGCAAACGAUCGAUUGACUUUUGACGUACGAAGCGGUUGAUAUCUAGAGCGAUUGACUUCAUUUAAGUUUGCUGAAAUUUAUGGGUGUUUACCCUAGUAUACGACGCAUGAUGUCGUAGCCUGAUUUGCUAAUUGUUCGAGUCUGCGUUGUGACUUUCAUUGAAUAAAUUCCAUGUUUGCAAGUAGAA